UUUCCUCAUAUAAAUGAGAAGCAUCACUUCGAUGCUCUUCACUUUUUCCUUGCUACUGCACUUGGCUCAUUCCUUUUCUUAAGGUUCACUUGUUCCUUUUCUUAAGGUUCACUUUGUUUCGGUAAAGAACAUGGCAUCCAAAAGGAAAAUUCUCGUUAUUGGAGGAGGCUUCAGUGGAUUAUGCUCUAUAAAAUGCUUGAAGGAAGAAGGGUAUGAUCCCGUAUGCUAUGAAAAAACUUCCAACUUUGGCGGCACAUGGUAUUACAGAGAAGAAACUCCAAUGGGCAUUCCUUCCAUAAUGCCAACCACAAUCAUAAAUCACAGUAAAGAAAUGGGGGCUCUCUCUAACUACGUGCCUGACAAAAAUUAUCCGAAUUACUUGAGGCAUCAUGAAUUGCUCAAAUUGAUGACAGAAAUGGCAGAAAAAUUCGACUGUUUGAAGCACAUGGUUUUCAACAGAGAAGUCACUCAAGUGAAGCGCUCGAAUGAUUACGAAGAAACAGGGAGAUGGGAAGUUACAGUGAAAAAUACGGAAACUGGAGAAGUGACGGAAGAAGUUUUUGAUGUCGUUUGGCUAGCCGUCGGUCAUAUAACUUAUCCUAAGAUGGGUCAUUAUCCUGGAAUGGAUAAGUUUCGCGGAACAAUUAUGCAUUCUCAUAGUUUAAAGAGAGUGGAUAAAUUCCAAGACAAAAAGGUAGUAGUCAUUGGAAUUGGCUGUUCUGGGUUGGAUGCUGCUGUGGAAAUUAGCAAUGUUGCUUCACAGGUAUAUCUAAGUACACGAAAUGGAGCUUGGAUUCUUCCAAGAAUUGGAUCAUACGGAUUACCAUUCGACUACACAGUGCUUCGCAGAUACGUCAGUAUCAUUCGGUCUUUGGUUGGCUACAAAGCGCUCAGCUGGUAUUUGGAAACAUGUCAAAUUAACAAAAAAUUUAGUCACUUUCUGUAUAAUCUUCGCCCGCAUUAUCCAGCUUUAGCCAAAGAUCCAUCCAUAAAUGAUAUUAUUCAAUUGAAACUAUUAUCAGGUUCGGUUGUCUUACGUAAAGAUAUCAAAUGCUUUACCGAAAAGGGAGUUAUCUUUGAAAACGAAACGCAUGUCACCGAGAUAGAUGCGGUCAUAAUGGCCACAGGAUAUCAGUGGCAAUUUCCAUUUCUUGAGAAAGGUACACUGGCUGUCGAAAAUAAUGUAAUCCAUUUAUAUAAAUGCAUAUUUCCUCCCCAGUUAAAGCAUGCAACGCUGGCUAUCCUUGGAUUCAUUUUGCCAUUUGGACCAGGCUUUCCUCUUGGAGAAAUGCAAUGCCGUUAUGCUGCCCAAGUGAUCAGUGGCAAAUGUAAACUUCCGACUAAGGAAAAGAUGAUAGAAGACAUUCAAAAUCGCCACGAAAGAAACCUUCAGAGAUAUGCACCGUCAGAUAAAAUGUCGAUCAGAGUCGAUUACAUUGAAUAUAUGGAUGAAAUAGCUACCGAAAUGCGUUGUAAGCCAAAUAUAUGGAAAAUACUCGUCACUGAUCCCAAAUUAUUUUGGGCACUCAUUUUUGGCCCAUCUCUACCAUAUCAGUAUAGACUCGAAGGUCCUCAUAAAUGGGAAGGAGCAAGAGAAGCAAUUCUCACUGCUCCAGAGAGAGUUCGCUUUCCACUAUCUAGAGGACAAAUCACAUCAACAAAAAAAUCAUUAAUUACAAAAUCGUAUUUUAAAUAUUUUGCUAUAAUUUUAUUAAUGGCCUUUUGGUUGACUCAAGCUGAAACUUCUUUGAAGUUUAUUUUUUGUGCUUUGGUAUUUUCUCUCAUUAUGAGUUGCCAAGGAUUAUACAAAAAAUAUCUUUUAAGCUUAAUUAUAUUGCCUUUCUUGGUGAAAUUUCAAGGAUUUCUUCCCAGCUAUUUGAUAACAUUAUUUGUCCCUAUAUUUCUGACAACCGUAACAUUUUUAAUAAAAGUUUAGUAAGCACAAAAGAAGGAUUAGAGGCAAAUGAAACAGGAAAACAUAUUCACAGAGACUGUAGAAUUCUAUAACAAUGUAGCCCAAAUUUUUGUUAUGGUUCAAGCAAUGCUAAUUAAAUUGUUAGCAAGCAUAUUAAGCAUGAAAAAUAAUAAGCCCGUUUAACUCGAUAAAAUAAAAUGCCAUUACAUAACGUAUAAGAGCUUCAAUAAUUUUCAAAUGAAGAAACAUAGUUUAUAUGAAUCCAGUUCGACGUCGUUAUGAAAUAAAUAACAAAAUACACGAUAUAGUUGUUUUCUCUAAACUAUACAGAAAAAAAAAUUGGAUGAUAUAUUUGUCUGAAAUUAAUUUAUCCCUGUUAAGUAAAUUGUGCUAUGGAUUGCCGUAAAUUCGAUUUUAGAUAGUAAAUUAUAAGUAUUUAGGUGUAGUUGUCCAUAUUGAAUCCAUAAGAUGACAAUUGCUUCCUAAUAAAAGAAAUUUCCAUCUAGAAAGUAAUUUCAGUUUUUCUCCGAAAAAUUCUCAUGUCCAAACAAUAAUUUAACUCUAGAAUGUUUGUACACAUAAUAAAGCUAAGAAUUACACACACAUGCAUAAAAGCGCAAAAUUAUUAGCAUUAUAAAGUAGGUUUUUGGAUU